CUAACCAUGUAAAUGAUGCACAGGUUUCAUCGACGAGAUACGGCGGACACGCAAGGAUAACAAAGGGACUCUUCACAUCUGGGUAGGACCCAAGCUGUGCGCCUAUGUUGCUAACCCUGACGACGUUGAGAAUGUUUUUAACAGGAAAGAUGCCAUCAACAAAGGUUUUUUGUUCAGCUUCUUUCAUUCUCACAGCCUCGGCAUUGUCACGUCUACAACUCCUCGAUGGAACCAUAUGCGUCGGCUUGCCAACAUUCCUAUGGCACACAAACAGAUGAUAGACAGCUUCGAGGAAAUCUACCAGUACAACUCCAAAGUCCUGCUGGAGCGGCUGGCUACCGUGGAGAGCGGGGAUUACCUGGACAUCAACCGGUACCUCUCCCGCUGCUGCCAGGACAUCACGUAUGGUGCACAUUUCGGAGUAAAUCUUGAUAUUCAACACAGUGAGGAGUUUAACGCUCAAGAUACAGUCCCCAAGGUACUGAACCUUGUCUUCGAGCGAAUGAUGAAGGUUUGGCUCUACCCAGAUUUUAUCUACGACAUGACACAAAGGGGCAAGGACAUGAAGAGAUGUGUGAAGCACCACCAGAACGUUGCUAGAAAGAUUUUAUCAGAAAGAAGAAGAAUUUUGAAGGAACGCAAGGAGAAUAUGAACGAAAAUGAGUUUGAGAAAAAGUUCCCGAAGGUGAUGGACGUUUACCUAAACGAACAAAGCGGACUGACUGAUGAUGACAUUGUUGACAACAUAAUGGAUUUGAUGCUGGUUGGGUUCGAGGCGAUGUCACAGACCCAAGGCUGGGUUGUCCUGCUGUUGGCCAUGUUCCCACAGUACCAGGACCUGGUGCAGGCAGAGCUGGACGAGCAGUUAGGACCAGUAGAAGAGGAAUUCACUCUUGCUCAGCUACAGAAAUGCCAGUACCUAGAUAUGGUCACCCGGGAGGCCCUCAGACUGUUUGGACUGCCUGUUGUGAUUCGAAAGCUGGAGAGCGACGUGUCCAUAGAGCACUACACGCUCCCAGCCGAGGCAGAGAUCAUUAUAGGGAUGUGCAUGGUACACCGAGACGCCCGCUACUGGGACCACCCGGACCAGUUCUAUCCCGACCAUUUCCUCCCAGAGAAGGUUGCAGCGAGACCCAAAAACGCUUUCGUGCCUUUUGGAUUGGGCCCUAGAAAAUGCCCAGCCUACUCCUACGGCAUGGCGACUAUAAAGUUUGUGGUAGCCACACUGCUGCGCAAGUACAGGUUCACAACGAAGCAGGACUACGACAACCUCCCCCUGGAGCUCCUGUUCAUGUACAAGCCAGCAGACGGUUUCCUCGUGCGAUUUGAGCCGCGGCACGUUAUUGCAUGACAGUGGGAUUUAAUAUAUCAAAUUCAUAUGUUAACAGUUACGUCUGUAAGUUAUUUAUACUCGUCAUGUAUACGGGAGAAAAUAGGAGAUAUAGCUUUGUCAUCUGUCUGAUAGCUGUACACGUGUAAUUAUUGUGGAAUGUACAACUAUUAGUGAACUGUACCAAUUUAAUUCAACUUUUAAUUUUGAAUACUGUUGACGCCGUGAUGUAUAUUCCAUUGUAAUAAAAUACGCUAUAUUAUAUAAAAAUAUAAUAAAAUACAUCAAAUACAUUUCUCUUAAUAAAAAUGAUGUUCCUUCCAUUUACUUAACAACUACUGCUAUCUGUCAGUAUAAUUCAGUUCUACUUUUAUAUUUAACUCUAUUAACCCAAUUAAUUAUUUAUAUCGUUUCAACCUUAAAAUAUUGUAUGUACAGUUGGGAACAGGUUUCUCAAAAUAGUUUUUUUUUCUAGUUAGUGUUAAGUUUCCGGCUACAAGAACUUUUAAGAGGACACAAAAAAUUAUGUAUUUUAAGUAUCAUAAUACAUUUUCUAAUAAUAUAAUAACAAUGUAUCAAUCAUAGGGAGCAUGUUUGAGUAAUAUAAGUCAUGAUAUGCAACAUUAUCCAUAGUUACUUUGUAAAACAUUACACAAAUUGCUCUUUUCAUUCCGGCAGAAAGUAAACUAUGUGAACCUUCUUUACAGGAAAUAAUUAUGUCUACUCUACCUCAUGAUUUAAUAAAUUCUCACUUUACCGACUGGACUGUGAAAAUACUUUCGUAAUUACUAUCUUAAUACUCAGACCGGUGUUAAUAUUAAGAUGCAGCUUACUCUAUGAAACUGCCGAUUGCUCACACACUAGUAAUGUAAACAAGUUCUUUGUCCUUUGAAAGAUGUGUUAUAUAGAAAUUUUACAGACAUUAAACACGACAAAUGUAUUUUUAAAUUUGUUUCCGUGUAGACUAGAAACGGUCCAAUUUGUUAUUUUUACUUCUCGAGAGAUAGAGAAACACUUAAAUUGUAUUUGAAAGAGCAAUUUCUCGCUGUUUACUUAAUUUUAAACUUAUAUAAAGUAGUUUUAUCUUUCAACAUUGUUUUUAUCACACACAACACAAUAGACUGUCUUAAUAUGAACGCGAACAAUCAACACGAAAUUAGAAUACCAAAAUUUUGGUAAUGCCGUUGAACAUUUAAAACAUUAUAUUAAUAUUAACAUUGGAGUAAACAUAAAAAACACACACUCAGCGAUUUAGCAGUAGUAGUAUUACAAUGACAAUUAAUCAGAAAUAUACAAUACUGGAAACAAAUUGGAUUAAUAAUUAUCAGUUUGCCCCUCUUCAAACUGGGUAUUUUCCAAAAGUAAAUAUGGCAGUCUUCACUCGUUUGAGAACGGGUUCCAGUUGUUAUGUAUGUAUUUCUACAGCAAAUGUUAAAUUUUAACAUCAAAGAAGCAUUGUUAUUUCAUUCACUACUUUUAAUUUUUGUUACGAGAGAUUAUCAAAUUGGUAUGCUAAAUUAUUUUUUUUUACUAUCUCGUCAAAAUAAAAAACUAGAUAGUCUUAGUUGCCAAAAAAUAGUUCAAAAUCUUUAUAAUGCUUAUACAAUAUAACUGACUGCAGUAAAUCGACAAUACAAUCAGCAAAAACCUCAAUAUAUAUUUUUUUCAUUAGUAUAUAUGCACUUCUGUAUCUAAGUUUAAAUUAAUUGAUGUUGAAUAUUGGUGAAGAUAUGCACGAGAAUACUUCCUUAAAUUAUUUAAGAAAUUUUCAUAAAAUUAAAGUUUAUUAAAAAUUAAAAUUGGCAUUCAACAAAGUAAUCUUGAUCCAAUAUUCAAAGAAUUUGAUUUAAUCAACAAUUAUUUAACCACAAAGUUGUUACAGGACCACUUUGGGAAAGCUUUUGGAAAAAAGCUUUCCCAAGAAAGCUAGUUGGACAAAUUUAAAAUAAAUGCAAUACUUCAUGGCUCAAAAAUUAAAACUCGAACUAAAAUAACUUUCGUAUUAAACUAAAAUAAAAUAAAACCUUUAUAAUAAAAUAAAUCUAAUUAAUUUAAAUCUUCUUCGAUCCUCGUGUUCAAUCCUAUUUCAGUUGGCACAGAUUCAAAGUCAAAACUGUAAUUGUACUUUUAUUUCCUUUGAACCUUGAAAUAUUGAUCUAUUAAUGCAUUCUUAUAUUUAAAUAUAAAAUUUCUAUUGCAAACAACCUAUAAAUAUUUAAAUUGGUAACUUUACUUAGACGAAAUCUAGCAAGAUUCAAGAUAUUUAGCAAGAUAUUCUUCAAGCAUGAACAGGUUUUAUCUUACUAUCUUGCGUUAGUCAUUUAGUUAAACUUAUAAUUUCAAUAAUCCAAUUUAAUUAAAAUAAUACAAAUUCCACAAAAUCCCACGCAGACACAGCUUUUGGAUACAAACAAAAUUUAAACGCGACUAAAUAAUACGCUAAAAACUGAAAAAGUCACAAAGUCCGCGAAGGAGAGCCGUAUAUACCGCCCCUUCUCUAACCUGCAUUACCUCAUAACAGAAGCCUCCAUUGGUCUCCGAAAAUCCAAUCAUAAGGGUGAAUUAAUUAAUUUUUCAACGUGCCGUUCAAAUUCUGAUCUCAGUUUGCUAACAUUUGUUGAUCAAACAUGCAAUAUAACGUCAUCAGUGUACGUUAAUAAGUGUACUUCAUUCGUAUGUAUUUUGUAUUAUAUAUCAGUUCAAGCAACAGUUUUUUGACUUAAACUUUGCCUCGUGUAUUAUAAUAGUUUUAUUUAUUUGAUUUAGCCUAUAUGAGCAAUUACAUUUUACUUGAGACUUUUGGUAAUAAAUUAGAUGUUAUUGCAUUAUCAACUGAAUAUUGUUUGCUUUUUCCUUUAAAGAGGAAUUUCUAAAAGUUCAGUUUGAUUUACCGUAUAUUUGUUACUAAUGAUGAAAUGCCGACAACGUAAGCAAUGGGAGAGAAGCACGUAGACCGCAUACUAUCCAUAUCACGAUAUUAGUAAUAUUUUAUUUUAGAAUAUUUUGGAUCAUUAUUUUUCGUUUUAGCAUAGUUUUAAAUUAAAAACACCCUACGCCAGAAUAUAAGUGUCAUCAAGUGACAAAAGAUCAGGUACCUACUAAAAUAUUGUACAUACACUUUAGUAUAGUAAUAUAAAUAAAGUUUUCAGUACUA